AUGGAUAGAAAUUUUAACGAUUUUGGUAACUCCGGUUGGUCGCAGGGACCAAGCGAUCCUGUCUAUCAGAGAUAUCCCACUUCCACAGCUUAUGAACCUCUUGAAAAUCUUUGCGACAAAUACGGUCUUGACGAUUCUUGGCGCUUGUCAAAUCAGAGUGAUUCCUGGCGCGAUGACAGAUUUAAUAGAGUCGGUGGAUUAUCUGCGCAGUUAGAGGAUCGUCAGGGUUGGAAGAGAAGCUUGUCUCCAGAACAUUCUAGAGCGUUCUCUAAGAGAGAUUUUAGCUUUAAUUGUAAAUCUGAAUUUGGUAAGAGCACUCGGAAUAGGACGAGGUUGCGGGAUAAUAGUAGAUACAAACGCUCCUCUGAACUUAGGUCUCGGGAUAAAGAAAUUACGAAGUCUAAACCUCAAGUGACCGCUUCUAAUGAAAAAAAAACUAGUACGGUUUUUUUUCAUAACCAGGAAGAUGCUUCACUCGUUGAGUCUGUGGAUAACAUCAGAGUCUUUUAUUCUGGAAUGGAGAAUUUUCAUAAAUUUUUGGCUUUUUUGUCUCCUUUUUCUCCUAUUUUUGUUUUAAUUAUUUUAGUAUCCUUGUGGCGUCAUUACGGAAAAGUUAUUGAAGAUAAUGGAGAUGAUGGGAGUGCUGACGAGCAGCCAACAGUCUCAACAGAAACACUUGCGCAGGAGGAUCAGUCGACAAAAGUGGAUGUCACCGGAGAGAGUACGGAAGACCUUCAUUUAAAACAACCAACAAGCUGUGGCGUGAGGGAAGAACCUCCUGAAGAGAAGUUAGAUGACAGCGCAAAUGUACAGAAGGCAAAAGAACCAAAAUCCGGCGACGAAGAGGAUCUUUCAAAAAAGCUUAUUAUAAGAAAAGAUUUUACACACGAUGAUAUUCACCACUUCAAACCUAUUUCUAUGAGGAAUGGAAGUGGGAGUGGUAAAACUAAUGGAAAGCGCCACAGGGAGCCAAGUUGGGUUGCUCAGUGGGAAAUGAAUACUGCUGCCUUGAAGGAAAGCGCGAGUAAAUCCGGUGCUGCAUCGACGGCAAAUAAUGUUUUAUCUGAAGUGGAUGAAGGGCGAACUCGCACCAGUUCUGAUGAGAAGGACUGUAAAAUAACUUCGAAUCCAGCACCUUCUGUUUAUACCCCUGUGCUUGAUCCCGAGCAGUAUGUUGAAGAGUUAAGCAAUCCUGAUGUAUCCGACCCUCCACAGCCAGAAGACUUGGCGAGUGAACUAGUUGUGAAGCGCAAGAAAAAGUUAAACUCAUCAGAGGAAGAUUGGCGUACUGGAGCGAAGACUACGCUCUUGGGGCCACCCCCUGCUGAAGAAAAACGUAUAGAUGGUUUGGAAUCGCGCAGGACGCACAGGCCUGGUUUACUAGGCGGACCGCCGCCAAAUCUACAUUGUGAAGAUUCGACAUCUAGAAGAAGUUUGAAGCCCGGACUGCUGGACGGACCUCGCAGAGAUAUUUAUGGAUCUAAGUCAUUUUCUCUUGACGAGGACUGUAGGCCUUCUGUAGCAGGAGUAAGGAAUGGUCCCUUAUUAACAGCUGAAAGUUUGGAAGGCCUCUCUGAGACCGCCCUCGCCAGGGCUGCCGCGUCCUUGACAGAGCCAGAACUGAUCUCUAUCAUGGCAAAGAAAGGAAUAGCUGAUCUUUUAUUGUCGAGCGAAACACUGAAAGCCAAGAUAACAGAGCUUUACUCUGAGGAGAUUAAAAAGCUUCUACUCAAGGAAUCUAAAGGAGAAGAAAGUAAUCUUGCUUCACAGUCGAGCGAGAAGGCGUCGCAGGAGUCGCGACACAGCUACGGUCCCCGGGCUGGCAAAGCCUUACUUGGAGCCCCACCCGGUCCUGCAAGAUUUGAAGAUUUUAGUAGGAGUAGAUACUAUGAAGAGCCGCCCAACGGACAGUGGCGAGAAGGUUAUCGAGGUUUGUACAACAUCUAUGAUAAUGCACCUGACUACUGCCGGGAAGGACCAAACCAAAGGUGGCGUGAAAGCACAUAUCGCGGAGGGGUCCCCGAUUACCGUCAACAUCGUGCCUUGGAAUUACAACGUUUUGAGAUGUGGGAAGAUUCUAUUGAUGACCGUAAGAACACUAGAGAGUGGAUGCCGCGUGACCUCCCAGGUCCCGAUGAAUAUAGGGAAGCAAGAUUUGGGCCCCCUUUUCCACGGAAUAUAAAUAACGGCUCACACGACUUGCAGCAACCAUAUGGUGGGCCGUAUAGACGUGAAAACCGCUUUCGGGACCACAGGGAGUCCAGUUUUAGUGGGGAUAAAAGAAAUUUCUAA